GUGUUUUUGUUGUUGCUUUUGCCAACCGCUGAUGUUUUUUGUCGUCGCUGCUGCUUUUUUGAAUAAUAAUAAAUUGAGAGCUAAAAAUAUUUCCAAAAAUAUCGUCAUCACACAACACAAGAACGAAUAUAUAGAAAAGAACUUCUAGGGGAUAAGGUGAACCCAUAAUAAUAAAGAAAAUAAUAAAAAAAAAUCAUGAAAAACAAUUUACAUAAACAAAUGUGAAAAUUAUAAAAAGAAUUAAAGAAAAAAUAAAAAAUUUGCAAAAAUUAAAACUCAACUAGGCAUAGCGAAAGGGAAAGGAAAACAACAUCAUAGCACACAACACACCGAUACACAAACAAUAACAAAAGGGAUUGGAAAUACCCACGUAAACACAAAAAACCGACAACCAACGCAGUUCAGCCAACCAGCCAAGCAGUCAGUCAUACAGAAACCACACAGAAACAUUAAAAAAGGAUGGGUAUCAUUUGGUCAAAAUUUAGGAAAGAAAAGUCCACCCAAGAGGUGUUGGAAGCCCUACAAGAAAAAAUCGACACAUUGGAGACUUUCACCGUCAAUACAAAGGAGCAAAAGAAACGUAUUGUUGGCAAUUUUCUAGCCGUUUCCAUUGGUGUUUAUGUGAUAGCAUUUGUUGUCUUUUAUUUCGUCUAUUUUCCACCCACUUGGCAGGAGAGAAUUGUAUAUUUUGUGCCGCUUUUGCUAUUUCCCAUAAUCAUUAUUUUACUACGUUAUCUCUUCACCUGGUAUUUUCAACGUAAAUUAAAUAAAAACUCGAAAAAACUAACAGCACUACGAGCUGAAAAGAAGAAAAUCUUGGAACAAGUAAUGGAUAAAGAGACUUAUAAAGUGGCCGUGAAUCUCUUGGCACGUUUUGCCGAUAAACCCAGUAAAACAUCAUUUGCUUUAAGCACCUCAACACCCAGUAAACUUAAUCAAACUCCCCACAAUCGUUCUUUGCCCUCGGCAAAUUUAAAUCAAAGAUCCAAACAAUUGGCUUUAACAUCAUCAACUCCUGUAAACUAUAUGAUGAGCACAAAUACUCCACGUUUAAUAUCACAAAUGGGCCCAUCGGCAACAUCAUCACCGUCAUCAUCAACGGCUUUGAUGUCACAACAUAGCGGUCUUAAUCAACAGCUAAGACGUCGUACACCCUUCCCCAUUGUCAAUCAACAGGAAAAGGGUGUAUUUGAUCGUAUUGUUGAUGUUUUAAUUGGUGAUGGACCACAAGAUCGUUUUGCCAUGAUUUGCAAAGAGUGUUAUUCCCACAAUGGCAUGGCUCUGAAAGAUGAUUUUGAAUAUACUACAUUUAGAUGUGCUUUUUGUAAUGCUUUAAAUCCAGCUCGUAAAUCCCGACCAGUGGCACCACGAUUAUCGGUUAUGCCUGCACCUGCACAAGCAAAUGCUGGCAGUGAUACUUCAGAUUCAGAGGAUGAAAAAGAUGAUUCAGAUGACGAAGCAAUGAAUUUGAAUGGCAAUACAACAACAGCACAAUUUUCUACACCUAGCAACAUCAACAAUCUUGCUGCAAACAAAGAGAAUGUAAAUGCUGCAACUGCAACAACAACACCACCAUCAUCAUCCACUUCAACAUCCGAUGUAGAUGAAGAAAAAAGAAGAAACUAAAAAACAACAACCACAAAGUGGUGAACUGAAUGAAGAAGUUGUCAAAGAAACUUCAGAAUUAAAAACAAAUUCAUCACUUGAUGAAUUACUUAAACAAUUAAAUAAGUCUGAUUCUGCCAUAGAGGACAACACAAUGAGUCCCGAAUAAAUAAGAGAAUAAUCUCUAAUGCAUGCAACAACAACAACAACACAUAAUGAAUAUUCAUGAAGUUACAUAAAGAAAAUGUUGAAUUUAAACAAAAAAAGUACUUUUAUAAAUUUUUUUUCCUUAGUUUUGUUACUUAUUUUUAUUAAUAUUUAAUUUCUUAUUUUUUUUAUAAUUUCUUUAAAUUUAUUUUUGAUUUUGUAAAAAAAAUUUAAGCAAUUUAUUUAAAACUAAUUUAUUAACAUUUAGAUUGUUAAACAAGCGAAAUGCAAACCCUUUAAAUAAUGCUUUUAAAGAAAUAGCAAUUACUUUUAGAUGAAAUAAAAUUAAAAAAA